AUGCCAGUCUUCCGUGAUGGGAUGUCUUCCGUGAUGGGAGGGUCGGCCAAAUUAACGCCCCGCAAAUUCCGUUGGAGUGAGAUGCGAUUCGAGACGCUCUCUAAGCCUUGCACGAGAACGAACUCAGGGCAGUCAUUGAAACUCUUCGGGGUUGCAUUCCAUGAUGUUGCGUCGAAGAAAGAGCUGAAGAACAGAAAGAAUCUUGUGGCACAGGGAAACAUAUUGGAGGAUAUUACCCGCCAUGCAGCUGGGUCGCAAGGCUAUUUGAUUGCGGACUUGAAGUUGCAAAAGAGAUCUUGGGGCUUUGUACCGCCAGAGGUCGUGCGGCCUUUGGCAUUGGGGACGGUUUGUGACCUCGCAGUUAUGGCAAGACCGUUGGGCAUGAUAUGGAAACAGUCCGAGCCUCUCGAUGGGAACUUGCAGGGCAGAGGGCAAUGGACACACGAUCACUUCUACGGCCAUCCUACAGAAGAAUUGAACGAGCUCUACAUCCCUUCCGUGGCAGCGGACAAAAUGGGCUUCGGCAUAGUACCAGGCGAAGCAAGCCUUGGCGUGCCAGACUACAAGCUAGGGACAGAAGAGGACGUGCUUGCAACAUUACGAAUCGUAGUGGACCCAAGCUGUGAAGCCGCAGAAAGAGUGAAAGACAUACUAGGAGCAAAUCCCGGCUGGACUCCUGGCAUCUCAGACAUAAUAGGCUUCGCGGCGCCCAUGAUUCGCCAAUCUUUCUCCUCGAUCGUCCGCGUUCCCCAGCCCGCAGGAUACGCAGUCAGGUUGACGCAGCAACAAGAAGGGUUCGUCGUCUUCCACAAGCAUCUCUACGACCUCGUUGCUGAAAGAGAUGCAAGAAAUGAACCUGUGUCUAAACAGACUCGGUCGAUACUCCAUCAAUACGCGGAACUGCUUUACCGCUAUGGAGAGCAGUGGGAGAAUCAUGAGGUGUGCAAUCAGAAGCUGAAUGAUCGCUCCCUGGAGUUCAUGGAUAAUUUACACGGAAAACAUACGGCUGCCACCAAAUACUUUAAAGACUUAAUGGCCCGCUAUAAUGGCACAGGCGAGAAAUCGCAGGUCUUUCGCUACACAGACCUUAUGUAUGCUCACGUACGACACGCAGUCAACUACUUCCCUGAGGCCCUUGAACGAGUCAAUGCUUCACCCUCGCGAGCAAGAAACCACUAUGGACUGAGAGUGGCCGGAUGGAUCACCGAGGGCGCGCACAUCUACUUCGACAAUAUAUCAAAGGUGAUAUGGGACAUGCGAUCUAAGGGAUUUGACCAGCCAGAAAUUGUCGAGGAGGCUUGGUUGACUAUGAUGUGGAAAGCAUUUUGA